AUGAGUCUCGCUGUCCGCGCCCUGCUGGCCUGCGCGGUCCUGGGGCUGUGUCUGGCUGUCUCCCCUGAGAAAACUGUGAGAUGGUGCACUGUCUCAAAUCAUGAGGCCAGUAAGUGUUCCAGUUUCAUGGAAAAUAUGAAAACUGUCCUUGAAAAUGGUCCUUUUGUCAGCUGUGUGAAGAAAAGCUCCUACCUUGAGUGCAUCAAGGCCAUUUCGUCAAAUGAAGCAGAUGCUGUGACACUGGAUGCAGGCUUGGUGUUUGAGGCUGGCCUGACUCCCUACAACCUAAAGCCUGUAGUGGCAGAGUUCUAUGGGACAGAAGAGGAUAAAAAAACCUACUAUUAUGCUGUGGCUGUGGUGAAGAAGAGUAGUGACUUCAAACUGAAUGAGCUCAAAGGCAAGAAGUCCUGCCACACGGGCCUUGGCAGGUCUGCUGGGUGGAACAUCCCCAUGGGCUUACUUUAUUGGAACCUGCCUGAGCCACGUGAAUCUCUUCAGAGGGAUCGGACAACCUUCCCCAAUCUGUGUCAACUAUGUGCGGGGAAAGGGACGGACAAGUGUGCCUGCUCUAACCAUGAACCAUACUUCGGCUACUCAGGUGCCUUCAAGUGUCUGAUGGAUGAUGCUGGGGACGUGGCCUUUGUCAAGCAUUCAACAGUGUUCGAGAACGUGCCAAACAAAGCUGACUUGGACCAAUAUAAGCUGCUCUGCCCAGACAACAUGCAGAGGAUGCCUGUAGAUAAAUAUAAGGACUGCCACCUGGCCCAAGUCCCUUCCCAUGCUGUUGUGGCCCGAAGUGUGGGGGGCAAGGAAGACUUGAUCUGGGAGCUUCUCAACCAGGCCCAGGAACAUUAUGGCAAAGACAAAUCUAAAGUCUUCCAGCUCUUCAGCUCUCCUUUGGGGAAGGACCUGCUAUUUAAGGACUCUGCCCAAGGGUUUUUGAAGAUUCCCCCUAAAAUGGACACGUGGCUGUACCUGGGAUAUGAUUAUGUCACUGCUCUUCGGAAUCUAAGGGAAGAUGUGCGCCCAGAUACCCCAAGGGAUGAAUGCAAGAAGGUGAAAUGGUGUGCAAUAGGUCACCACGAGAGGGCCAAGUGUGAUGAGUGGAGUGUAAACAGCCAAGGGAAAAUAGAGUGUGAAACAGCAGAGUCCACUGAAGACUGUAUUGCCAAGAUUGCGAAAGGAGAGGCUGAUGCCAUGAGCUUGGAUGGAGGCUACAUCUACAUAGCGGGCCAGUGUGGUCUGGUGCCUGUCCUGGCAGAGAACUAUGAGGUUACAAGUUGUCAGGGGCCCGGGGUGUUAAUACUUUCUUUUUUCGGUGUCUUUCUUGUAGGGUAUUAUGCUGUGGCCGUAGUUAGGGCAUCAGCAGAUAAUAGCCUCACCUGGAACAAUCUGCAAGGCAGGAAGUCCUGCCAUACUGCAGUAGAUAGAACCGCGGGCUGGAACAUCCCCAUGGGCCUGCUCUACAGCAGGAUCAACCACUGUGAAUUUGAUAAAUUUUUCCAGGAAGGCUGUGCCCCUGGAUCUCUGCGAAACUCCAGUCUCUGUGCUCUGUGUAUUGGCUCAGCAAAUGUUCCAGGAAAGGAGUGUGUUCCCAAUAACCAUGAGAGAUACUAUGGCUACACAGGGGCUUUCAGGUGUCUGGUGGAGAAGGGAGAUGUGGCCUUUGUGAAAUCCCAGACUGUCAGACAGAACACUGAAGGAAGGAACACUGAAGAUUGGGCUAAGAAUCUGAAGGAAAAAGACUUUGAGCUACUGUGCCCUGAUGGCAAAAGGAAGCCUGUGACAGACGCUCCUGACUGUUUCCUAGCCAAGGCCCCAAAUCAUGCUGUGGUCUCACGGAAAGAUAAGGCAUCUUGUGUUAGGGAAACAUUACUUCAGCAGCAGUUUUUGUUUGGAAGAAGUGGAACCGACUGCCCGGGCAAGUUUUGUUUGUUCCACUCAGAAACCAAGGACCUUCUGUUCAGGGACGACACAGCAUGUUUGGCCAAACUUCCAGACAGCACAACAUAUGAAUCUUACUUAGGAGCACAGUAUGUCAGGGCUGUUGCUAACCUGAGACAAUGCUCCACCUCGACAGUAGUCACCCCAAAGAACUACCACUCCCGUGAUGCUCCGCUUCGGACGCCUGCGCAGAGUCCAGGGCCACGUCGCUUUCGCGGCGCUGGACCACGCAUCUCAGUCAUGGCUUCCGCGGAUUCCCGGCGGAUGGCGAAUGGCGGCAGUGUCGGCGGAGCCUUCCAGCCCCACCUAGACUCCUUGCGGCAGGAGCUGCAGCAGGGGGACCCAACACUGCUGUCAGCCGUGGCGGCGCUUCUCGCGGUGCUGCUGACGCUGGUGUUCUGGAAGUUCAUCCGGAGCAGAAGGAGCAGUCAAAGAGCUGUACUUCUUGUUGGCCUGUGUGACUCUGGGAAGACAUUGCUCUUUGUCAGAUUGUUAACUGGCCUUUACAGAGAUACUCAGACUUCUAUCACCGACAGCUCUGCUGUGUACAGAGUCAACAAUACCAGGGCCACUAGCCUGACCUUGAUUGAUCUCCCUGGCCAUGAGAGCUUGAGACUUCAGUUCUUAGAGCGUUUUAAGGCUUCAGCCAGGGCUUUUGUGUUUGUUGUGGACAGUGCAGCCUUCCAGCGAGAGGUGAAAGAUGUGGCAGAGUUUCUGUAUCAAGUCCUCAUUGACAGUAUGAGUCUGAAGAACACACCAUCAUUCUUAAUCGCCUGCAAUAAGCAAGACAUUUCAAUGGCAAAAUCCGCAAAGUUAAUUCAACAGCAGCUUGAGAAAGAACUCAACACUUUACGAGUCACCCGUUCUGCUGCCCCCAGCACACUGGACAGUUCCAGCACUGCCCCUACUCAGCUGGGAAAGAAAGGCAAAGAAUUUGAGUUCUCGCAGUUGCCCCUCAAAGUGGAGUUCCUGGAGUGCAGUGCCAAGGGCGGAAGAGGGGACGCUGCCGACAUCCAGGACCUGGAGAAAUGGCUGGCUAAAAUCGCCUGAGGGGCGGGGCCGGAGCUCAGGACGGGAGGGAGAGAGAGAGAGAGAGAGAGAGAGAGAGAGAGAGAGAGAGAGUGUGUGUGUGUGUGUGUGUGUGUGUGUGUGUGUGUCUGACAGUUUUGGAAAACAGUGUGGUAGCCUGGAGUUGAUAACGAAGGGGUACAAAAUGUAAUUAGAAACAUUUUCUUGUUCUGGAAACAAAUUGUUGUUGAAAGUAACUUGGAAUUUUUGUUUUUAAGUUUAGUUCUCCCUCAGUGCUUUCUAGUCACUUACCUGCCUCUGUGUCUUCCCUUGGUUAAGGUUUAGGUUUUGGCCCCUUAGUGAAUGCUUGACCUAGGGUUAAGGUCUUUGUGACCAUAACAAGUGGAUCUGCAUAGAGCAGAUAUUAUCAUGAGAGUAUGGUUAUCAUCGGAAAAGUUUCUCAUCCUCUGCUUCUGUGUGUUAGUCCCUUUUCCUGAAAACAAACCUGUGUAUGGAACCAGUUGAUUCCAUUUGCCCUUGACAUUCAUGGGCAGUCCAUCCUCUAGUCCUUUGUGAAUUCUCAGAGGUGUGGGUGUAGUUACAGUGCAGUCUCCCGACAUGCGAAGACCGGUAGGAAACAGCAAGGCUGUGUUGACAGCGGGUCUGUUCUUCAUCAGCUUGGUGACUUGUCCACACUCCAGCCUCAUAGUACUUAGGUUUCAAAAACAUGGCCUGAACCCCCGGAGUCAUUCCCAGAUGAUAGAACUAUGAGUGCUACACCCCACAUGCCAAGGGUCUAGUGUGGUCUCAUGCUUUCCCUUAAUUGAGGAGUAUAUGAAGAUUUAGAAGCUGUUGUGAGUUUUUGGAUGGCUGAGGGCUCCUGGGCUAUGUUCCUAUGCUGUUUGACCAGCCUCUGUUUUGUACUCAGAGCUGGAAUGUUAACGGAACACAUGUGAAUGAAAGAAGUUCUCCAUAGUUUUUUAAAGUGUAUAUUCACUGGUGGUUAAAAGAAAAGUCAGCUUUUUCAAAGUGAUGUUCUUUGUUGUCUUCUUGAAUGUUGGCUCUUUUAUGGCUUUUAUAAAUUAUUCAUGUGUUACUUAGUAAAUAAAACAACCUGUCCGGCUCAAAGCAAUUGAAUGGAAUGGUAGAGUGAGUACAACUGGGAGCCUGUGUUAGAGUGCAGGGCCUGAAGAUGGCAGCGUACGCAAGAACAAACUGCUGUGCCUACUUCACACACUCAGGGACAAGCCCCACUGAAGCUUCAGAGGGGACAAGGGUAGCUGUGGGUGAGGGAGAAGCUAGUCCCAGAACAGUGUGGUCAGAGCCAUGAAAGGAGAGGUGCUCGGGGUGCUCAGUGGGCGGCAUGGGCACUUCACCUGGCUGUGAGAGUCAAAGAAUAGAAGCAUGGAGCCGAAAACAUCCCAGGGAGUGUGGUCCCCGUGUGUGUGCACUACAGCCCAAGCCUCUGCCUUCCCCCCCUUCCCGUGGGUCAUCCUAGCUCGGCUCGAGAGCCCUCCAGCCCCCAGCCCUCGAUCAUACGCCUUGCUGCUCGCCUGUGGAGGAAGUGCAGGCGGAAAUGGAGAAGACGUUGAGCCUUGACCCUGGCAGAGUUCUUAUUCGAAAGCCUCAUUGCUGCUCGUGUUCUUACCGUCCUUUGGAUUCUUAGUUUUUGUCCUUUCCUUAUUAGCCAGCAGUA